CGGUGGCGGCGGCCCCGCCAUGGCGGUGUCGCCCUACGUGCAGGCCAUGCAGGAGCUGUUCCGCGCCAACACGCGGAGCCGCGAGUUCCCGGCGCACGGCGCCAAGGUGCACUCGGUGGCCUGGAGCUGCUGCGGCCGCCGCCUCGCCUCCGGUUCCUUCGACAAGACCGCCAGCGUCUUCCUGCUCGAGAAGGACCGGCUGGUGAAGGAGAACAACUACCGGGGCCACGGGGACAGCGUGGAUCAGCUCUGCUGGCACCCCAGCAACCCUGACCUCUUCGUCACAGCGUCAGGGGACAAAACCAUCCGCAUCUGGGACGUCCGCACCACCAAGUGCAUCGCCACUGUCAACACCAAAGGUGAGAACAUCAACAUCUGCUGGAGCCCUGAUGGGCAGACCAUUGCUGUGGGGAACAAGGAUGAUGUGGUCACCUUCAUUGAUGCCAAGACACACCGCUCCAAAGCUGAGGAACAGUUCAAGUUUGAGGUGAACGAGAUCUCGUGGAACAACGAUAACAACAUGUUCUUCCUCACCAAUGGGAAUGGCUGCAUCAACAUCCUCAGCUAUCCAGAGCUGAAACCCAUCCAGUCCAUCAACGCCCAUCCUUCCAACUGCAUCUGCAUCAAGUUUGAUCCCAUGGGGAAGUACUUUGCCACAGGCAGUGCUGAUGCAUUGGUCAGUCUCUGGGAUGUGGAUGAGCUGGUGUGUGUGAGAUGCUUCUCCAGGCUUGACUGGCCCGUGCGGACGCUGAGCUUUAGCCACGAUGGGAAGAUGCUGGCCUCAGCAUCAGAAGAUCACUUCAUUGACAUUGCUGAGGUGGAGACAGGAGAGAAGCUCUGGGAGGUGCAGUGUGAGUCCCCCACCUUCACAGUGGCCUGGCACCCGAAGAGGCCGCUGCUGGCCUUUGCCUGUGACGACAAAGAUGGCAAAUACGACAGCAGCAGGGAGGCUGGCACUGUCAAGCUUUUUGGGCUCCCCAACGACUCCUGAUGAAGCUGCUGCACCCGGGGAGGCAGCACCUGCCUGCUCUUGCGGGUGGGAACUUAGCACAGGUGGGGCAAGGAGCUGGCUCAUCUCCUUGCCAGCCUGCAAGGGCUGUGACCUCGGGCUCAGCUCAGUGUGUCCUGCUCUUGGGAGCUUUUAUAAACAGGCAGCUAUGUGCUGGGGAGAAUGGGGGGUGCUGGCAGGGCCCCCCCUCUGCCAUCUCCUCUCUGGGGUGUAGGGGGCUUGUUCCAAAGGCAAGUGGCCAAAGAAAAUCAGUCACUGAAGGUGGCUGCUGAGGAGCCUCCCAUGGCUCUGCUUUGGCCAGGCUCCCCAGCAGUGAUGAGAUAUGUGACUGUCCCCUUGUCCCCAAAAGCCUGGUGGCAAGGGCAGCUGUGGGAGCACAGCCUGUCUCUCCCCUUCCCGGACAUCCCAUGUCCCUUCCCUGCACUGGGGCAAUGAGGGGAGGGUGUGGGGGUUUGAACUGCUAGAUGUUUUCCCAGAUGGGGCUUUUUAAAAAUAUUUGUGGUGUCUUUUUCUAAUUUUGAUAAAUCCUCUUCCUUAAUGAAGGUGCCUGUGGCUAUUUGCGGGGGGAAGAAGGAGGAUGCUGAGCUGCUCUCUCUUCCCCUGCGUCCCUCCCUUGGCCAUAGCAAGGCCCUGGAGAGGGGUCUGUCGAGGAUUGUCCCUCUUGUCCCCGCUGGCUGUCCC